AAAAAAAAAUUGUGUAAACUGUAAAUUAGAAAACAGAAGUCAAAAGAUCAGAACUAUAGGAAGAAGUAAAAGUAAUUAUUCUCUUUCAACCUUUACUUUUAUUUCUUGCCGUUUAUAAACGGUUUUCAAUUUACCUUAUGUUCCCACUUCAAGUAAAUUAUUAACAUUGUACAUAUAAUUGCAUCUAAAGUGUAGAUUUGAAUAGAUAUUAAUAGGUUUAAUUGCCAACUUGGUUCAUACAGACAGACUGACAACAUCGCAAAGAAGAAGAUUACGUCGCAAAACAUUAAAAAACAUAAAAAAUCCAAGGAAAACAGAGCAAUAUAUUGAGAAGGCGAAUUUGACAGAGAUUUAUACACUUGAACAAAGGUGUACUAUAAAUAAACCAUCCUUAAAUUUAAAAAAUCUGAGUGAUAAAGGUGACACUGUAUUUGAAAAGCUAAAUAACUGCGUGCAAUCCUGUAAAGAAGACAGAAAUAACAUAAAAAUGGACACUAAAUCUGAUGUUGAUGCAAUUCAAAAGGCUCGUGAUGAAGUAAAAGCAGCAAGGGAAGCAAAAAAACUUGCUAAGCAAGCCAAAAAGAAAGUCUGUCUAUCUGAUACUAAAACUACAGAUGUUCUUGUAGAUAGCAAAGUAUCAAAUAAAACUAUAGAACCUGCUACUGAACAUGAAAAAAAAACUGGCAAGAAUAGCAUUGAUGAAGUUGACCGUGCUGAAAUUGGAAGUAUGCAAGAUACCCUUCAAUUGUUAAAUUUAUUAAAAACAAAGUUAAAGAAUGCCUCACCAAAUGAUCAAAACAUAGGAAAUGUACCAGUCGGAGAUAAUUUGACAGUUAAUGAUGUUGUAAAUACAUUAAAGGAUAUUGUCAAUGUUGCAAAGGAUGUAGAAAAUGUCACAGCUAUUGUUCAAUCAAUGAAUAUUCAAAAGUCUGGAAAUGAGAAAGGUGAAAGUGAUAUUAACAAACCAGUACAAAAAGAUAGGAAACCUCAAUUAAAAGAUAAACAUGACAUCAAAGGAGAGGAGGACAAAAAAAAUGAAGGAGAGGGCAAAAGUAAGGCUGAAUUAAAGGCAGAGAGGAGAGCCAAACAAGAGGCCCAGAGGGCAGCCAAAUUAGCACAAGCACAGGAAAAAGAACAGAAACCAAUUACUAAACCUAAAGCAGCACCAGAGAAAGCAAUAGAGGCUGAUAUUAAAAAGGAAAAGUCACCGAAACCGAAAACAUUGGAGAAGCCAAAAAAGGCACAAACAACACAGAAAUGCAGCUGGUUUCAACAUCUUCACUCUGAACAUGACAAGGAGGCUCUCAAACAAGUUGCUAUCAAUUCUAAUUUACACCCGGCAGUGAUAAAAUUGGGGGUACAGCUCGCAUCGCGUGUUGUUACCGGAGCCAAUGCAAGGUGUAUAGCACUGUUGGACGCACUUAAAAAGAUGGUCCGUGACUAUAUCCUUCCAGCCAAGACAGAGUUCGCUCGUGGCUUAGAAGCUCAAUUGGCAGCGAGUUUAGCCUUUCUAUGGAAGAUGAGAGCUCCUUCAGCCUCUCAAGUUAACGCUAUCAAGCACUUUAGACACCAACUCACCCAAUUACCGAACAAUGUUGAUGAGUUUGAUGCAAAGAAGAAACUGCAAGAGGAAAUAGACAGGUAUAUUCGUGAACAGAUCGAUAUGGCUGGUGAAGCUAUCAGUAUCGCUGUGAGGAAUAAAAUAUCGAACGGUGAUAACAUUCUCACUUAUGGGUGUUCAUCGUUGAUCGAACGAAUCCUUAGAGAAUGCCACGAGGCUGGUGUGCAAUAUCGCGCGGUCAUUGUUGGGAAUAGAGUCAGUCAUUCAGCACGAGAAAUGCUUCGACGACUUGUAUCAGCGGGUGUGGCCUGUACAUAUGUCGAUAUCUCGGCGCUUAGCUAUGUUAUGAAGACGAUUAACAAGGUCCUUUUAGGAGCUAACGCACUGCUGGUAAACGGUUCAGUCCUGGGUGCAGUGGGUACGCUACAGGUGGCUUUAGUUGCGCGCGCGCACAACGUUCCCGUUUUAGUGGCAUGUGAGACGCACAAAUUCUCAGAUCGCGUGCAAACUGAUGCAUUUGUGUAUAAUGAAAUUGGUGACGCUGAUGCAUUAGUUGACAAGUCUGACGAGAACUCCCCUCUCAAGGACUGGCGUUCAAACCCCAACUUAACCCUUCUGAACCUGACGUAUGACGUCACACCAGCUAGCCUGGUUACUGCAGUGGUCACUGAAUUGGCAAUAUUGCCUUGUACAAGUGCACCAGUCGUUCUUAGAUUUAAAACUUCUGAAUAUGGAAUGUAAUUUUGUUAUGUGAAAAAUAAAUUUAAUGAAAUUUCUAAUAAAUGUAUAUAUUAAAUUAA